UGCCGCUGUGUUGGCCCAUGACACUAAUCUAGUGAGACAGACGCACUAUUUCUCUGCCACCUAGCUGACCGGUGCGUGUCUGGCUGAGAAACUAUAUUUCACUAAAAAGUCAGGACAUGGUCUUUCGAACGCUUAAACAAUGUCACACCAGACAUUAACGAGGGAAGUGAUUCAUGUGGUGGAUAGAACCAGGAGCAAAUGCAUCAGACACUAAUCCAGCGUGACCGGUGUACUGCCCACUGUCCCUCCAGACUGACCGGGAUAUGACAAGUAGGAGACCAUAUCUCACUAGAAGUUAAAAACAAGGAGUUAAGAAAACUGACGUGAAACAACACACUGGACAUUGGCCACGAGGAUGAUUAAUCUAGUGGACUUAGCUGGAUCAACCUGCCAGAUUGUUUGUGGCCGGUAUGACGUUUAAGAGAGGGGGGGUACGCUGGUUAAAAAGGCAACCAGGCCCCACUCUCAAGCAGAACCCAACUGACUCUCACAGACGACGCUACUGCCAGCUGAGAGGGACUCUCUGCCUGCCUCUACCUACAGCUGUUUGGACCCAGCCGGGACCAUGCUGACCAGACCAGCCCUGUGGACUCUGUGAUGGGACUGUGACUGAAAUAAAUAUUUCAAUUCCUUGCAAACCUUUUGUUGUCGCCUGUUUUACUUUGUUACAAGUAAAGGCGAUGCUCAGGGUUCUUUAACUGGUGCCGAGACCAGGAUAUCCAUUGGAAACGAACUUUCGAGGAGGAAAAAGCUACGUGGAGACUGGCCCGACGAGAAAACGAAAAACACUAUGGGUGUCCUAAUUCUUUUAGUAUAUGUGGGUUUAGCCAGUGGUGCCAUGAUGUUCGAAAACAUCAUAUUUCAGAAAUUGAAUGACGUAACGACCACCAGGUCUAAGUGGUUAGUCACCUUUGUUAUAGACUUAAAACCUUACCAGUCGUAUUUAACCAAAUGUCAGACUGACAUCAAUGAUGUGGCAUUGAUUAUCCAUAAGGUAAUUAACAAGAACUAUAGUGCUACUUAUUCUGGAAUAGAAAGCAUGUUCGUGAAACUAGAUCAGGAGAUAGAUAACUUAAACAUCACCUUGAAUAAUCUUCGUGAAAAUUUCUUAGAAUAUCAUCACCUGUCGAGGCCUAAAAGGUCGCUCUUACUCUUUGUUGGUAAAGCAUUAAGUUUCCUUUUUGGCACCGUUUCAGAUGAAGACCUUGAAAGUAUCAAAAGAAAUGUACAUAAUUUAGCUACGAACCAAGCUCGUUUAGCACAUGUAGUACAGGAAGGGUUAACUAUUCUGAAUGUAUCCAGAGUCCAAAUCGGAGAAAAUAGACAUGCCAUUAACGAAAUCGUAGAUAGCUUACAACAAAUCGACAACACGAUCCAGAAUGUUACCGACCAUUUUCAAGUACGCAUUGAUAACAUGGAGUGGGCUGUAAAGACUUAUUUACAAAUAGAACUAGUAAUAGAGGAACUAAGACAAACGAUAGAAACCCUUACAAACUAUUUGGAACACCUUCAUUUGCAAUUGAAUAUGCUAUCUCUGGGCCAUAUGUCACCUAGCACAAUAACUCCCACGCAGUUACUAACUAUAUUAAGGGAGGUAAAGAUUCAUCUACCCCCUAGGUUCAAGUUAGCAGGUGACCCUGAAAACGAGUUAUGGGAUUUCUAUAGGACUCUUAAAUGUACCACAUUACUUUAUGACAACAAGAUAGUCGUAGUUGUCUCUCUCCCUCUUUUAGAUUUAGAUGGUCAUGUUGAGAUAUAUCAAGCACAUAACCUACCUGUUCCUAUCCUGGCCAAUGAAAUUGACAACCCUGCCAAUAGUCUCCAUAAUUUGAUAGCUAAAUACAAGUUAGAGGCUAGUUUAAUAGCAGUUAAUACCAAGCGCACCAAGUACAUGUUGCUGAAAGACACAGAAAAACAUGGGUGCACUGCGAGUUUGGUCGGUUAUUGUCAAAUUCAAAGUCCUGCAUAUCCCAUAAAUUUCAGUCAGUUAUGUAUAGUCUCUCUCUUUAUGAAAAAUGAACAGAAAGUAAAAAAGUUCUGUAGAACAGAAGUAAUGCCUCAGACUAUUUUACCUUUGGCUGAAUAUCUGACUACUGGGCAGUGGGUCAUAGCAACGCGGGAAAGAUUAGAUUUCACCAUAGUUUGUGAAAGUGACGUCAGACGACCUAGCGCCCUAACAGCACGUCCUCCCUUAGGUGUAAUAAGGCUCGAAGAGUCAUGUUCAGCGUCGAAUGACUAUUUGACUCUGUUGCCCUAUUACCAAAAUGAGAGCAGAUAUAGUUUUGAGGACAAAUUUCUGAAACUGAUAAAUAGGCUGAAUGUAACGCAAAUGCUCUUGGUUGAACCCUUACAAAGAAAAACGUUUGAUCUCAAAAAGGCUAGAUUACCAAAGAAACUAAGAUAUCUCGAUAAAAUUCCAAUGGAUCACUUAAUUGAACAAUUAGAGUCAAUGGGUACGAUUGAGGAAAUGGAGACUGGGAACUACUUAUGGACCUUUGUUAUGGUGGCAUUAUCAGUUACAUUGAUAAUAGUGUUGGUUACUGUCUAUUCAAAAUUUAUCAAACCCUGGCUUGCCAAAAGAAUUAGGAGGGGAAAACACACCCAUGUUGCUUCCGGGUUCGAGUUGGUGCCUGUUGAAACGGAAGGUGCGGUUACCACCGACAGGGAGCGGAUAGCCUCUGCACCACUCGUGCCUGGAAGGGUGGACGGAACGGGAACCACAACGGUAGUGCGACAACUCUACCCAAGUCUGGACGUGACUGGAUAAUCACCACCCAGGAACGACGGCGGCAACGUGAUCCAGACUGUGUUGUGUCCCGACGGGAUGUCCAAGGACUAACUCGUGAACGACCAAGUUCGAUUAAAUUCCCCAGUGUGUUGAAACUGUGGGAAUGUGAGUGAACUGUGUAAAUAUUUACCAACCCUUUCAAGGAAACUAUAAUUUUCCAUUUGUGUACUAUGGUGGACUGUAGCAACAAUAUACGGCUGAAACACAACGCAAGGACUAUAUAACAGUACAAGGAAAAUGAAAUUUUUCCUGCGAAAAAUUUCAAAGUAAAGAGGGGCGAAUGUAACACAAUAAGCAGCA